CGUUAUUUAUAGAAAACUUUUCACUUUCAGUUUAUUUAUCAAUCUUUUCUCCAGCUGGUAUGUAAAAUGGCGACCAAUGCUCUAUUACCAACCUAUCAACGUUAUAUCAAUGGAGCUCCUGUUACUGCCGGUGGCCGUAAAACUCUUCGACUUCGAGAAAAAUACAUAGUAUUGCUUGUUCUAGGGACUUUCGUGGCUGUGUGUAUUGGAACAUUUUUCUUUUUACCAGAGCUUCGCUCGGGCUCUACUAUCAACACUGCUUAUCGCCAACUCAGAGAUGCGGGAUCCGAUCUUCUUUUACCACCUCUUCAAGUCGUCGACAAAAAUGUUUUUCGGCCGCAUGAUGUCAACAAUGUUGAUCCUCAUCUAAUAAUGGAUCGAGCUAAACUUAUUCUCAAAAUCCAAGAUGAUUUAGAAAAAGAGAGACAGAAGAAUAUGAAAGAAAACAUGGAUAAGGCUCAGGUAGAGAACCCAUUGCCAAAAAAUGAACUAUUGCAAUCUACUGCGUCCAAAAAUUUAGAGCAUAAGAGCAAUGAUCCACAAGAACAGUGGGUCAAUAAUGUUGUGAACAUUCCAAUGACUGACAGAAAAUCAUCCGAGUUAAAUGACAUCGUCAGGGAUCAUCCAGGUGGUCCUGGAACCAGAGGUGGAGAACCAGCUGAUCCUGACAUUAGAGAAAAAAGGAAUAAAAUCAAGGAGAUGAUGAAGCAUGCAUGGGACAACUAUGCCCAGUAUGCAUGGGGUCAGAACGAGCUGCGUCCAAUGUCCAAGAGGGGCCACGCUGCUGGGAUUUUUGGCAAAACUUCAAUGGGUGCAACCAUAGUGGAUGGGCUUAACACUCUCUACCUGAUGGAACUACUGGAUGAGUAUCAGAAAGGAAGAGACUGGGUAGCUGCCAACCUCAAUCUUGGACAGGAGAGUGCAGAAAUAUCUGUGUUUGAAACCAACAUCAGAUUUGUGGGAGGAUUGCUUUCAUGCUAUGCUAUGACAGGUGAUGUGAUGUUCAAAGAAAAGGCUGAACACAUUGCUCAGAAACUUCUUCCUGCCUUCAAUACUCCCACCGGAAUACCUUAUGCACUCGUCAAUAUUAAGAGUGGUGCAAGUAAGAACUACGCAUGGGCUUCCAGCUCAAGCUCAAUUCUUGCGGAGUUUGGGACUAUGCAUUUGGAGUUCACCUACCUCAGUGACAUCACGGGCAACCCCGUCUACAAAGAGAAAGUGAACCACAUUCGAGAAGUCCUUGCAAAGAUGGACAAACCUCAGGGUCUCUUCCCCAAUUACCUCAAUCCGAAGACAGGCAGGUGGGGACAACAUCACAUGUCUAUGGGUGCUCUUGGUGACAGCUUCUACGAAUACCUUUUGAAGUCUUGGAUUCAGUCGAAUGGAGAAGAUGUUCUGGCGCUCCAGAUGUUCCAAGAACUUUCUGAAGCAAUUAAUGAUAAGCUUGUUCAAACUUCAAAAAGUGGCAUGAAGUAUUUAGCUGAUUUAAAAUAUGACAGAAUUGAGCAUAAAAUGGAUCAUCUUGCUUGCUUUGCUGGUGGCUUCUUUGCAAUUGGGUCCGAGUACAUGCCUCCCAACCGUAAAGAGUACUUCUUGCAACUGGGCAAAGAUUUAACUCACACCUGUCAUGAAUCAUAUGACAGAACUGCUACAAAAUUAGGCCCUGAAUCAUUCCGUUUCUCUGAUGCAAGUGAGGCAAGAGCCCUGAAACAAAAUGAGAAAUACUACAUUCAGAGGCCUGAAGUCAUUGAGAGUUAUUUUGUUCUUUGGAGAGUCACUAAAGACCCAAAGUACAGGCAGUGGGGAUGGGAGGCUGCUCAGGCUAUUGACAAGCACUGUCGCGUUGAUGGAGGUUUUUCAGGCCUGAAAAAUGUUUACAUGUUGGACAGUGCAAAAGAUGACGUUCAACAGAGUUUUUUCCUGGCAGAAACCUUGAAGUAUCUCUACCUUCUUUUCUCUGAUGAUGACCUCAUCCCGCUUGAUGCAUGGGUUUUAAACACAGAAGCUCAUCCAUUGCCUGUCAAGGGAAAGAAUCCAGCCUAUAAAAUGGCCAGGUGAUAAACACACAAAAAAAAAUUCUUUGAACCAUUUGUUGCCAGCUGAAAAAGAAUCCAGUCAUUAAGUAUCAAAUGUAUUUUAGAAAUUGUUUUAUGUACUUUUUGUUGAAUUGCAUUCAACAUUCUUUAUGCCUGACCAGAUAAUGUGUUGUUUUAGUCCAAGUUACUGGUGACCUUAUGCAAAAGAAUUAAUUUCAGUUCAAUUAUUUGUUCAGUGUCUUAUUUGAUUUAAAAAAUAGACAUUUCAAAUUAUUUGAAAACAUUUUGAAGGACUUUAAAACCUGCUUUUUGAUAAUUAUAAAUAUGAAGUAUUUUAAUGGUAUUUGUAUCAGAUAAAUACUUCUCUCUCAAAAUCUAUGGGUUGUCAGCUGCAUUGAAAAAUAUGUUUAUUUAUACAAAUACAUUGUGUUUUUAUAUAAAAUAUUAUAUUUACUUAUUUAACAUCCCUGCAAGAGAAUUUGAAAACAAUAUAUGUUGUUUACUUUUAUAUUAUAUACUAAGUUUUACAAACUUAGAACUCAGUGUCAUAAAAUUAUUGCUUUAAAUGUGUCAAACUUAUAAAAAAAAAUUAUUAUUAUUGCAUUUUUUCCCUUAAACUUUUCUUUUUUUGGAAGUAAAAGGGAAACGGGAUUGCUUUGUUAAGUUUUCUAACAACUGAUAUCAGUUUUUUUUCUCUUUAAAAAAAAACUUUAAAGUUAAUUUGUCAAUUAAAAUACUGUUUUUAUAUUUUCUCAUGGGUGCUACAAAAAUGGUUAAAGGUAAAUUGUAAACUAUUCAUGUCUGUGAUCAAAAUUCAUUGAGAAAUCCUAUCUGUAAUUGAUAUUCUUAGUCUGAAUGUACAAAUUGAUUCUAUGUUAGUCGUUUAGUAGCUUAUUUAUUUUUUAAUUGUUUUGGAAUUCUGAUGUUUUCAUUUGCCUAUUCUUCUGUAGUCACACUUUGCUAACAUUUAAAUUAGCAAAAAGUAAUUGCAGUAUUAACACUUGGUUUCUAAAAAAUUUUCUUAGAAUGUAACCUUUUAUGCUAAUAGGAAAUUUAUUAUUGUACUUGCAAAUGCCUCAUUAUUUGCAAAAGAAAUUACACAACAAUUAUUAUUUUUAUGAAUUAAAAGCACAUUUUAUUGAUUGUUUAUCCAUUAAUUUUUUUUAUAGUUCGAAUUUUAAAAGGUAUAUUCUUAAAAAGUAAAAUAAAAUUCUUUGUCGUUUAUAUGUGGCAAACUAAAUGUAACUGCAUUAAGUAACUUUUUUUUGUUUAAAAGUAAAGUUAUCUUUCCUUUGUCUAAAACUAGUGAUCAUUUAUUUUGUGAAUAUAAAAUAUAAAGAUAAAAUAAAAUAAAAAUAACAUUGCAUGUUUAACAUUGGCACCCAUUGUACAUUUAAUUUUGAAAAUACAAAUAAGUUGCCCCCGAUUCCUGAAAAAACAAGUUUUCUAUUUGUUUUUCACACACAUAGAGAAUAUACCAUUAUGUAUUUUUUAAAGAUAUGUGUGCUUGGCUUCAUUAUUUGCACUAACCUUUGAAAUUUUUGACAUUCCACUAGUGUUACUUCAAUUGAACCUUAAAAGUUAGAAAUAAUAAAUCUGUGUUUUUGUACUUAGCGUUCAUACCUUGUACUAAAUUGCUCACAUUAAAAACUAAGCAGGGGACCAAUUAUUUAUUUCCAUUAAUAUUUGUAGACACAUGACCUUAACUAGAGUUUGUAUUCUGUUGAAAUUUCUAUUCAUAAAACUUAUAGCAUACAACUAAAUGACUGAAUAUUGUAGUAUGAAAAAUUGUUAUACAUUUGUAAACACUUCUUAUGGGCUCAGUCAGAAAUUCAUUAAUGUCUUCCUGUUUAACCUUUCUGUUUGAAAGAAUGCAAAAUUCAAUCUCUCUGCAUUUUUCCUUUUCACUCGUUAACGUUCACAGUUUGCCAAGAGCUAUUUCCAAAGUUUUCCAUCCCAUUUACAGAUCUGGCAUGUCAUGAAAACUUUUCCAACCUUUACUCCUAUCAUUCAAAGCAAGUUUAACCAAAAUUUAAGCUUGUGUUGAUUAGCUUAUUUAUGUAUCAUGGUAGAUGGUCUGGUUCUAUAACUUUGAGGUGACUUGUUUACCCAGGCUAUUGAGAUCUGAAAACAGCCUGUUUUUCAGGCUUUCUGUAAUAAUGUUAUAGAAUUCACUUCUACCACAAUUUUUCUAAAAAUUUUCUCCUUUACUUAAUAUUAUUUACAUGUAAGGGAAUUCUUUCCAGGGUUAAGUGGCAAGUUAGAACUAAAUACUUUUUAAGAAAACGCAACAUUUCAGUUGACAUAAUUAAGACUAAUCAAGGAUAGACUCUUAAUUAGUUGAUAAAAAAGCCAGGUGGUGAAUUCUUGGAGAAUUGCUUUUUUUUUUCUUCUUUUUUUAAGGAAUUUACUAAUCUAAUAUGUAUCGUACAGUUUAUAUACAUACUUCUAAAUCUCUUGUGAUUGCGUUUAAAUUCUUUGAAGUAAAAAAUUUUUAGGUGUUAUCCUAGUUAAAUAAUUUAAUUUUUUUUAAACAAAAUUAUCAAAAUUUUGUUUAAAUAAAAAUUAUCAAAAUACUUUUUUCAUUAUCCAAAAAAAAAAGCUAUUAUUUCCAUAAAAAAUAAACUAUAGAUUCAAAUCUCAUUUGAGAUUUUAAACUAUUUAAUUUCAAGAAUUAUAAACAAAUUUUAUAAAAUAUUGUCAAGAGGAUAAAUUUUUAUUGAGUGAUCAACACCUAUAAAAUAAUUUUUCUUUAUGUUUGUAUUCAUUUUGUUAACUUUUUAAAAAAAUUUCAAUUAACAUUUGCCAAUCCCCCCCCCCUCUAAGUUUUGCACGAAUGUCAUCUGAAUCAUGUACAAAGUUGGUAAGUUUUUUAAAUAUACUUAGAAUAUUUUUGCUAAAUUAACAAUUUGCAGUAGCGCAUACCUGUGACUGGAUUCCUUUUUGUUUGAAGCAGGUUCAUUUCUUUUUUUUUUUUAAACAACAACUUAUUUCUAUUGAUGCUACAUUAUUUUCAUAGUUGCCUUUAAUGUGUUCAUAUUGAACAUAAUAGUAAUUCAUCCAGUACAUAUAUUAAUUACACAUAAUAUGUAAUAUAUUCAUUUCAUAACAAUCUGUUUUAUGUUCUUGAAUUGAACAUAGUCUUAGGCUUGAUUCUCUGUAAAUGAAACAAAACAAACUUUUUUUUAACUCAUUUAUUGAUCCUCUUUCUAAUGUCACAGUACUUUAUCUGACUUAAGCAAAGAGUCAAAGCAUCAUUAUAUCAAUUGUUGUAAAAUUAUUGUGAAUGAGAAAUAAUUUAUUCACUCAUUUUAUUAGUGGUAAAGUUUUUUUUCUUUCUUGAUUUCAAACACAUUCUUGUAGUAAAGUGAAUUGACCACAAGUUUCUGAAAUAUAGCACAGUCGAGUGCAGUUAAUCUUAAUGUCCUUAACCAUAUUGUUUAAACUGCAUCUACUAAAGGCCAUUUGUUUUGCCUUCUCAUUUUUGAUAUUUGAACAAAAUCCAUUUUAAUCUAUAAAUUCUCUGUAAGAGUAGAAGACACUUGGUGACCUUAGAAGAAGGCAUUGAUUCUGCCUGUGAGAAUGGGAAGUAGAAGAAAGCAUUAUAAGUUUCUUUUUUCAAGAAUUAGAAAGCAGAGGAGUUAGUUUCAUUUACUUUUGAAACACAUGUUAGAGUACUGUGUCUAUUUUUUAUAAUAUGUAUUUUAGGUUUAUAAGAGGUAUUUUCAAACAUGCCUGGAAAAUACAUAGGUAUUAUGCUAAUAUUACAAAAAGAAAUUGACAUUGAAGGAAAAAAAGCAAAAUGGCAAAUACAUAGUGCACAUUGUCAUUAUCGCGUGAACUGUAUCAAAAAAUAAUAAAUUAGUGAUUUGCUUUUAAAAUUAGUAUCAGUUGUAUAGAUAGACCCGCUCUGUAUUAGUUAUGGUACAUUUUUUUCUUCAAAGUUUGUUGAUUACCCAAAUUUUCAGGUGACUAGAUCAGCCUCAAUCCUGAUGAUCGACGCUCCACUGUAUUAGCACAAAAAAGAGGCCGUCAACGUUGUAGGGAUGGCGAUUGCUCUGCAAUUUUUUUUUAAUUAAAUGGCUGUUUGAAACUACAAGUUUCGAAUUUAUUUUACAACUUAUGGGUGAAUUUUUCACUAACUCAAAUUUUUACUUAGCCCAUUCAAUUUAUACUUUUUCUCUAACUUCCUCUAUUCUUGUAGGAUACUUUAGAUUUUUUUAUAUCACUUUCAUUUGUCAUAAAAAAAAUUUAAUGUUCAAUAUUAUUUUAAAAAAUAUCGACUUAAAAAAUGCAUUAUUGAGUUCAACUAGUUACCACAUGUGCCUGCCUUUAGAGAAACUCUAUUAGUUUGUUCCAUGUGAAUGUGCAUGAUGAAAGUUGUAUUGUUGUUUAAAGUGUGAUUUAUUUAAAGUGUCCACUCUAAUUAAAGUUCAUUGAUAUUUAUAAUUUUAGAAGCUUCUGACAUUCCGAAGUGAAGAUUUAAAGUGUGCAGAAUAAAUAUAUACUGAAAAUGUUGUUGAUGGUGCAAUUUGAAAUUUUUUUUUCAUAGAGAAUGCUUAUAAUAUUGUCUAAUAUACAUGCAGCAAAAAAAAAAAAAAAAAAUAUUAUGAAGUAUAACUGCAAUUUUUUUCUUUUCAUAAAUUUUUCACAUUUGAAGACUUUAAAAAGAAGUUGAAAUGACAUUUCAAAGAAGGGGAGGAAAAUUAAUCAGAAGUUAUUAAAAUAUCUGUUACUACUGAAACUAAAUGAUGUGCAUUUUACUCUUUUACUUCAGGUCUAUUUCAAUGCAAAUAUAUAUAUAUAUAUACUUGUAUUUUAACUUUUUUCAAUGUCUACUCUCCAGUUAUUUUUUAAAGUUUAUAAUAUCAAAGUAAUCAACCUUUUUCUAGAAGUUUAAUAAAAAAAUUUCUAUUUAAAAAAAUAUCAAAAUUUUGACUUUUGUUGCAUCUGAGAAGAGUACUUUAACUGCAGACUUUAAAAUGCUUUCAAAAACUGCAAUCUUUUCCAUUUGUGUUUUUAAAAAAUUGUUAUAAAAGCUUUCCUAUCGUGAUUGACAUCAAUGUUAUUUUCAGUCAUUAUUACAAGCAUUUUAAAAUCUCAAGUUGGCUGCCAGUUUUUAAAUUGUAACCAUCAAAGAUGAUAGGUUGCAAUGGAAGGGUAAAAAAUUGUUCAUUGUUGUUUAUAUAAAUUUAUAUAUAUAAGUAAGUGUUUCAAAAAUUUUGUUACAUUGUUUUAUUCUUGUAAAUAAUGACAGUGUAUUUUAAUAUUUUGUUUCCAAUAAUGCCCUUUGCUUUUUUUUUUCUUUUUUAAAAAAAUGUCUUAUUUAGAGGAGAGUGUGAAUGUGAUAAGGAUGUUGUUUUUUUUAAAAGGAUUCUUAUAAUGCAGAUUUAAUUGUUGAUUUAAAAAUGUGUUUUGUGAUUAUUUAUUUUAUAUUGGAAGUGUAAAUUUGUAAAUAGGAAAGUGAACAUAUAGAUUUAUUUGAAGCUGGGAUUAAAGUAAAUAAAGAGUUUCCAAAUA